UUUUUUAAGGAGGGCGCGAAGUUGGAUUGGCCGCCUAGAUCGAAGAAAAUAACCUCACAAAGCAGGAAGGAAGUGAAGGCGACACGACCUCUCUCGGAAAUUAUACCUGCAACAGAUACCACCAACACACAUUUCCAAGAUCUCGUUCGGCAACUACUGCACUUCGAUCCCGACCAGCGACUGACGGUCAAGGAUGCCCUACACCAUCCUUUCUUCCGUGUCGAAAUCCCGCUGGAAGUCUAAUACCUAUAACCCGCCGUGGAUAUGAACCGUUGCAUCCUGGUUCUGAUGCCCCAGAACACCCUAAUUGCAACAUUCGCGACAACUGGAAUGCUUCCUACGACGUCCACCCAUGCCCUUUUGCUACCCAUUUGCCCCACAUUCCUUGACUCCCUGUUGCGAUCUCGAAGACACAUGAAAUUUCAAGCGUCACCUCCCGUUCAUCAAGUGAAAUGUUUUGUGAUGACACCUCACGCAUGAUUCUCUUCGGCAUUUUUCCUUUUCAUUGUACUUUAAUAUCCAGACUUUUCGUUUCUCUAGCCAUUGGAGGAACUGUAGACAGAAUCAAGCUUCACUAGGCCAGGCAGACGCGUCUGUCAGCGGGGCUCAUCAUUCAUUUUUAUAUUACCUGAUUCAGAAGAAGUGUACCAGUACAUUCACGGUGCUUUAGGACGUGUGUUAUAAUGUUUUGGUCAAUUGCUUUUAGUGAAGUAUAUCUCCACUGGGUCACGCACA